AUGAGUUCCACUCCUCUGCAUGAGCAAGAGGCCCAGGUCCUUCAGCAAGGUGGCGGUCAGGGUGGGGAGGUGGUACCCUCAGGCAGUGUAGCCUCCCGCCCCCCUCAGCCCCACUCAGACCCCCAGGCCUCCAGACGUGUCUGCUUCUAUAAGAGUGGAGACCCCCAGUUCGGAGGCCACCGGAUGGUCAUCAAUGCCAGGACCUUCAAGACCUUCGAUGCACUCCUGGAUGCCCUGUCUAAGAAGGUCCCCCUGCCGUUCGGGGUCCGCACCAUCACCACCCCCCGUGGCUCCCACCCUGUCCGGGGUCUGGAAGAGCUGCAGAAUGGGGGCUCCUAUGUCUGCUCGGACCAGCGGAAGGUGAAGCCCCUCAACCUGGACAUGGCUAACCGCCGCCAGCCACCCUGGAACACCACCACCCGGCCCGUCAGCGGGGGUCGGAGGGCGCAGCGAGGGAGUCGUGGUGUCCCCGGGGACAUCAACCGGCCGGCAGACAGCAGGAUCAGGACCCCUAAAAGGCUGAUAGUAUUUAAGAAUAGAGACCCCAGUGUGAGGAGGACUGUAGUUCUGCAGAGAAGAACGGCUCCAACCUAUGAUGCUCUACUGGACUACCUGUCAGUCAUCAUGCAGUUCCCUGUACUGAAGCUGUACACACCAGACGGCAGCAGGGUUGAAGGUCUGCCAGCCUUGAUCCUGUGUUCUGGGGUGGUGGUAGCUUCGGGGAACGAACCUUUUAGACCAGGGAAUUAUGACUUCCUGACCCAGCCUGCUGCUGCUCUGUCCUUUAACUCAGACUCUAUAGAACCAACCAGGCUAAAGCCUCUAACAGAAAAUAAAACAUCGUUAUCCAGCGGGCGGCGGUCCAGGAACUUCAGCCUGUCAUCAGAGAGAUACUUUGUGAAUCAGAUCAACAAGUCUCUAAACCAGAGAAAGACCCGGGGCUCUAUAGAUAUGGAGACAGAGACGUAUCAGCUUGUAGAGGACAACGGGAAGACCUCCAUCGUACCGCAGGAUGAUGACAUUGAGAAGUCCUUCAGGGUCAACCAGGAUGGCAGCAUGACCGUCGAGAUGAAGGUCCGUCUGACCAUUAAGGAGGAGGAGAUGAUCCAUUGGACAACCACGUUGAGCCGCUCCAGCGUGGUGACCAAUCAUAAACUAGGAGCCAAGUCGGUAUCCACCCCACAGUCCCCCGACAACAACGUGGAGGCGAAAGACCCUAACAUUGGUCUCAGUGAGGAUGAGACCAAGGAGAGUAACCACCCCAGCCGCAAUGCAGAGAGGGACGUGGCCUUCAGCGGGACGGACGGAGGAGGGACGGACAGUGGCGGUGGAGGCAGGGCUGGUUCUCUGAAGGCCCACCCCCAUCAGAAGCGGAUGCCAACCCCUGGGCUGAGACAGGUGAAAAAGAAACAGGCGUCCGUGGAGAGCGUAACCACGGUGACGGAGACAGGUGUCCAGGAGACCAGCCUAGGGACUUUUUCGUACACAGAGUGCAUGGCAGACGGGGAAACCACAGAGGGGUACUGUGUGGUCCGGCAGAGCAGCAGCAGCUCCAGGUUACCCGCCAUACCACCUGUCCCCAAGCCCAGGAAGAGUGGCUCGGCUGGGGCCAGCAGGGCCAUCAGGACCAGCUCCCACUCCUCACUCCGGUCCUCUGGAGUAGCAGAGGUGAUGCAGAUUCAGAACAAUGGUAAUGGCAGGGAGAUCACUGAGACCGUCAUGCACAUAUACGAGAGGAGACAGAGCAGCUACGAUAACUACUAUGCCAACGCCCUGGGGCCCGGGUAUGGGACAUGUGGGGAGGGAGGUGGGGGUUAUGCAGGCGAGGCAGGGUAUGGUGGAGGUUGUGGUGGUGACUCCAACCCCAUUCCGCGGAGUAAACCGGCCUCUUCAGAUUCGGGGCCGCGCUCCUCCGUGGACUUAACCCGACCAUCCAGUACCAGCGACUCACUGAACCAACAGAGGGAUGAGAUACUCUCUCUGUCUUCUGAACCCACCUCACCUUCUCAGAAUGUCACCCUUCCAUUUCAAAAACAACCAGAGAUCAUUAGCAACAAACUGUCGUCUUUCCCAGACAACGAAGCUUACGCCACGUCAGAGUCUUACACAGGCUCAUCUCCUAAAGAGACAGAAUGGCCAGAACCAAAGGUAUUGGAAUGUUCCGAUACAAAGGAAUUUGAAUGUUCAGAGACAAAGGAAUUUGGAUGUUCAGAGAGAAAGGAAUUAGGAUGUUCAGAGACAAAGGAAUUAGGAUGUUCAAAUACAAAGGAAUUAGGAUGUUCAGAGACAAAGGAAUUAGGAUGUUCAGGGAGAAAGGAACUAGAAUGUUCCAAGACAGUAGCGAAAGAAGAGGGGGUUGAGGAGGAUGCUCUUGAAGAGAACAACAAGAAGAGGACAGUGAAGCGGAACGGAAUUCAAAUAAGCCCAACGUCCACUACGAGCUCAAAGAGCAGACAGAAGGACAGCGUGGCAGGGUCUGUUCGGAGCACCAAAAAUACCUUUUCUCAUGCCAGCACAGAGAAGAAGAGCGGCAGUGCAAUAGGAAGUGAACAAAUUCUAAGCGCAACAGAGAGUGACAGCCAAGUCAGCCAGAGGAGUAGAGAGAAGGUAGAGAAGAAUAUAAAUUAUAUUCCUGUGAAGAAUGGGCCCUUGGUGUUAAACAUAAACUUGAAAGAUUCUGAAAAACGAGGUUUAGCUUCUGAAAAACAGCUGAAUAUAGGUGAGAAGGUUGGAAGAGGGCAAAGAUCCCAGAAGGUCAACACCGCUAAGUAUUCCAGGCAGAAGACACAGCCGAGGAAGAAUGUGUUUUAUGUUUCCCCAGCCAGACAGACUGACAUCGGAGAGACAGACAUACAUACAGAUACCGGACAGACAGACAGACAAACAGACAAUAGACAAAUAGUCAGACAGACGGGUCGAAAGAUGGCCAGCCAGCCAACCAGAAAGACCUUGGCUAAGCAGAGGUCCAUGUCUAACGAGGACAGAAUCAAAUCCCCUAAACAGACUCUACUGAGUGAGAGCUUCUCCAUGCCUGUCUUGCACCCCCCUCUAGCCCCCUCUGGGGUACACCAGUACGUAGAGAACUGGCUGCAGAACAUCGCCCUGGAGUCCAUCCCCUAUGUCCCCUACAUGGAGGAGGGAGGCCAGGACACAGAAGAGACUGAACCCAGGACCAAGGUAAACAUGGAGGACGAAGGCCAGGACACUGGGGAGGCUGAACCCAGGACCAAGGUAAACAUGGAGGACGAAGGCCAGGACACUGGGGAGGCUGAACCCAGGACCAAGGUGAUCUUCCAGAUAGGAGCCGACUCAGAGGUUGAGUCAGAAGUGAAGAGUGAUUACCCAGAGGAUCAACAUCUGCCCCAGGGGGGAGACCACCUUUCAGUGGGAGGCAUGUCCAUGUCCAUGUCCUGCCUGUCUGUCCCUGUCAGCUACGCCGAGGCUCAGGUCGACCUCUCUAACCCCCAGAGGACCAGGAAACUGUGCUCCUCUAUGCCCAGUGUCAGGAUCGACCCGGUGGAACAGCAGAGCAGGCUCGGUCUCCUCCACCGCUCAGCGUCCUUUGUCCCUCAUCCUGUAGAGCACAGUGAGUCUUCCUCCUCCACCCACCACCUCCUUAUCCCCAAGGCCACUCUUACACCGAUCUUCCGUCAGCUCUGCUCCUCGAUACAGUGCAUCAGACAGGCCUCCCAGCCUCCUGCCAGCCUGGAGAAAUCACACAGCAUGCCUGACUUCUCCUCUCAGGUGUCAUCGGUGUUCGGCUCGUCCUCCAAGGCGCUGAUGUCCUUCCUGUCGGUGUCCACCCUGAAGGACACCCUGUCGUCAGCCCUGGGAAAAGGAGGAGGAGGAGGAGAGUUUUGUAGAGGGAACUCUAACAGCGGGUCGGAGGCCCUCCUGGUGAUGCAGUCGCUCCAGAAGAUCUCCACCAUGGAGGACGAGGAACAGCAGAGAGCCAGCCUGGCCAGCCUGCAGAGCCAGACCUCUGAUCAGCUGAAGGACAGCUGGAGAGACUUCCAGGAAAGGAGCAGUGAAAUGGGAGACAGGGAAAGUCCUCCUCUGUCUCCGAGCACCAACCAGGAGUUCGCCCUGGAUGUGGAGUCUGAGGCGGGUGACGAGAACGGAGGACGGUUGGGUAUCGAGGAGCUCAUGGAGGAACUUAACAUGCCCCAGGAACUCAGGGAUGAGGUGUCGUCGUUGGUGGAGGGAGAGAGAACAGUGCAAUACGCCAUGAGGUCUCCAAUGUUAGGGGGCAGCGUCAGUGAUAUGUCUUAUGCAGUUGACACUGAGGUAGACAAAGUAGAGUGUGAUGAGAUUGAGGAAUUAGAGGUGUUUGAGGAAGAUGUGAAGAAGAUACCUGAUAACUGGCCUGGGUCUGAAGCUUCUCAACGCAGACCUUCAGCUGAAGAGGAGGAGGAGGGGAAGCAGGAGGGAGAGGAAGAUGAGGAGGAGCAGAAGGAGGAGGAACAGGAGGAGGAGGUGCAGGAGGAGGAGGGGGAGGGUUUGGAUGCUAGAGAGAGAAGAGACUUCCCACAAACAGAAGCAACAGCCAUUCACUCUGAGGAGAAAGAGGUGGAGGAAGGAUAUGAUGCUGAGGUGGAGGAUGAGAAAGAAGAGGUGGAGGAGGAAGAUGUGGAGGUUGAGGAUGAGAAAGAAGAGGUGGAGGAGGAGGAGGAGGUGGAGGAUGAGAAAGAAGAGGUGGAGGAGGAGGAGGAGGAAGAGGUGGAGGAGAAAGAUGUGGAGGUGGAGGAUGAGAAAGAAGAGGUGGAGGAGGAAGAUGUGGAGGUGGAGGAUGAGAAAGAAGAUGUGGAGGUGGAGGAUGAGAAAGAAGAGGUGGAGGAGGAGGAGGAGGAGGAGGUGGAGGAGGAUGAGAAAGAAGAGGAGGAGGGUGAAAAGGCACAGAAUGGAGAGAAGGGAGAUAAUGAGGAAGAGGAGGAGAAAUACGAGGAGUUGGUUGAGGAGGAGGUUAAGGAUAUGGAGGGAGAUUAUGAGGGGGAGGAGGAAAGGGAGGAAGGAGAUGAGCAGGAGGAGACAGAGGAGGAGGAGGGUGAGGAAGUUGAGAUGCAGAGGAAGGAGUUAGCAGAAAAGGAAGAGGAGGGAGAAUGUGAAGAAGAUGAGGAGGAGAGAGAAGAGGUGGGGGAAGAGGAGAAGGAAGAAGUGGUGGAGAGUGAGGACAAGAGAUCUGAAUCAGACUUUGAAGAGGGCAGGAGUGUUGAUAGUCAUCCAUCCUCAGAUAACAAAGUCUGUUCCAGUGGCAGGAUGUUAGAUGAAGUCUGUAAUAUAGAAGAACGAGGUUUAGAAGAGGAGGGAGAGGAGAAGGAGGAGGACCAGGGCAGCUGUGAAGAGCAGAAUUAUGAUGAGGGGGAGCAGGUGGAGGAAGAGGAGGCAGCAGAGGUUGGGACUGAACUAUCAAUGUCAAGGAAGUCAAGGCAGUCUUUAAAGUCAGAUAAUUCAGCAAAGUCCGAGAAAUCUGUAAUGUCUGAGAAAUCAAUGAAAUCCGUAAAUUCAGAAAAGUCAAUGACUUCAAGGCAGUCUUUAAAGUCAGAUAAUUCAGUAAAGUCCGAGAAAUCUGUAAUGUCUGAGAAAUCAAUGAAAUCCGUAAAUUCAGAAAAGUCAAUGACUUCAAGGCAGUCUUUAAAGUCAGAUAAUUCAGUAAAGUCCGAGAAAUCUGUAAUGUCUGAGAAAUCAAUGAAAUCCGUAAAUUCAGAAAAGUCAAUGACUUCAAGGCAGUCUGUAAAGUCAGAUCAAUCUGAGGUAGAUUGUAAAGUCUCAGAACACGAGGAGGGUGACGUAGUGUCCAACAACUCCUCCUCUAGAGCCAUGUACCUCUGUGGUGUCAAAGAUCAGGGUCUAGACACCUCCAACGAACUAAAGACUGACGAAGGAGAGGAAGAUGAGGAUGAGGAAGAAGAGGUCAGAGGUAAAGACUGCUCCCAUCCUGUUGAGAUAUCUCAGGAGCUUCUAGACUUUGUCAACACUGCUCUGAAGUCCUCCUCCCUGAUGUUCACCUACGACCCUAAGGGUAACCUGCGGAUCGAACCGGAGGGGGCAACCAGGGUCGUCCAUACCAAGCAGAUGGUUAUAUUUAACGGGUGUGUCGACAGCCAGUACGGCCUGAAGAGACUGCCCAGCCCCAACACCUCUGACCUGUCUGACUACAGACCUGACACAUCCAGCAGUGGAGGGUACAAGACCCAGGGGUCAGUGGACAUGUCAACGGAGAGCGGAGACGAAGACAAGGAAGAGGCAGGGAGACACUCGCCUGGCUUUCGACGUAUCAGACAGACUAGUGACAAGCAGAGUAAAUCUAAACCCUCGUCAGAAAUGAAAGUAGAUCAGUUAAGGAGCCCUGAGAGUCUUGAAGGGAAGAGGCCCACAGGGAGCUUUGAGUCUUGUCACUCUGGGGCUAAAGUCUGUGGGGAGAGCCUGUCGUACGUCAGCGGGUCCAGCUCAGUGAAGACAGAACCAGGACCAGAGCUGGUCAGGAUGAUCGAUCAGGGACGUUGGCUAUUUAAGGAGGAAGACUCUCCUGAAGUGGGAGGAGCGUGGCAGAGCGCAGCAGACUCUAAGAGCCUCCCUGACUCUAGUGAGGGGGUUCUGAUUGACCAAGGGCGCUGGCUUCUUAAGGAGAAUCACCUAAUCAGGAAGUCUCCCCCGGUUCCCAUGGGGAUGUACGGUAACCUUGACAACACGUCCGUGGAUACAACCCUCAGUGAGGAGGCUCCAGCCUACGACCACCUCUCCACCUCCCUCCACCAUCACCACCACCUCAACCCCCUGUCUGUCCUCUCCUCCUCCGAGCUAGAGGAGCUGGCCCGACCUCCGACCCCUAAGUGCACCUAUUAUAACAUGUCCCACAGCAGCGACUCAGACCCCUUCCUUGACAAUCUCAGUCUCAACGGGAACGGGGCCAGGGAGAGGUCAGAGGGCAAGGAUCAGGGGUUGCAGGGCAGGUCUAAGAGGGAGACAGCUGUGGACACAUCCCGGACCUGGGCGAGGAAAAACGGCAGCAUGUCGUCAUUCGCCUCGGUGGAGUUCAAGAUGCGGGACGGCAGGGUGCAUCCGGAGGCGGAGCUGGGUGGGUCAGAGGCUGCUGUAGAGCCAAGCUCCAGGACUGCAGUAGGUAUGUCUGGACGGAGCAGGGCUCUGCAGGUACAGAGCAGUCUAGAGUCUCUACGCUGUGGACCGUAUUGUCCUAUACUAUAAUAACUGUUUUGACAGACCUGUCCCAUACGAUAUACAACACAGAUCUGUCCCAUACCAUGUACAACAAAGACCUGUCCCAUACGAUAUACAACACAGAUCUGUCCCAUACCAUGUACAACACAGAUCUGUCCCAUACCAUAUUCAACAAAGACCUGUCCCAUACCAUGUACAACAAAGACCUGUCCCAUACCAUAUACAACACAGACCUGUCCCAUACCAUAUUCAACAAAGACCUGUCCCAUACCAUGUACAACAAAGA